AUGAAUGGGGAAAAUGAGAAUCAGCCCAUGGGUAGCAGCCAAGGUCUUCCUAUGAAGAAGCGCUUCUCCAGUGAGCAUAAUAAGAAUGAACAAGAAAGUGAAGAGCAUUUAUCUAAGAAGGCAAAAUUGGAAGUGACAAAUGAAGACGAUCCUGCACCUACAGGAUCACUGUCUAUCAAUGACAAUGUAUUUGAUGAUUACAAUGAAGAGUCAGAUCAAGAUUGGGCUUCAGGCGGUAACAGUGAAAGUGAUAGCGACGACAGUUUGAUUGAACAAGGUAUUCUGUCACACCCUGCAUUUCAUGUGGAGGAAGACAGCUUGGGUGAUGUCGAUGUCGAUGGGCCUGAAGACGACGGACAAUAUCAACUUGCUUGGGAGCCCUUCACUGAUGAAGAAAUGGAAAAACUGCAAGACGAGGCAAGAGAGAUGGGAUUGAUGAAGUUUAUUGAAAAAUAUGUCGUUGAGCAAUCUGUUCCAAUCCCUAAACUGCUGGAAGCGUUUAAUAUUUAUAUGCAUCCCAAGGCGGCCAUGUUGGCUACGGAUUUAGAGCUACUUCCAAUCCUGAAAAAGGUCAUUACUCACUACUUGCGCAAGAGACGUAGAUUAGACUAUGUGAAUACACUAGACGAUGUUGCAAAUCUCUUGAGCAAGGCCAACAACAUUAUGAUUGUGACAGGUGCAGGCGUAUCUGUGUCAUGCGGUAUCCCAGAUUUCAGAUCAGAAAAGGGCAUCUACUCGAGACUGGAAGAAUAUCAAUUGGAUGAUCCUCAGCAGAUGUUUGAUAUUGAAUACUUUCGCGAAUCGCCAGAGAUCUUUUAUUCAUUCGCCAAAGAGCUCUAUCCUGCAAAAUAUCAGCCUAGUCCCAGCCAUUUGUUUGUGAAAUUAGUGGAAGACAAGGGAAAACUGCUUCGAAAUUACACUCAAAAUAUCGAUACUCUGGAGCAUAAAACAAAUAUAAAGCGCGUUGUCAACUGCCAUGGAAGCUUCGCUACUGCUAGUUGUGUUACUUGUGGAUACAAAGUGGAUGGCAAAGAAAUCGAGGACUUCAUCAUGGCUCAAAAGGUGCCUCCCUGUCCAAAAUGCCUGCAAGCAAAGCCUGAGCAGCGUCCAGACGAUUCAGACGACGACGAUGACCAUGGACGCAGUAACAAGGGAGUGUCUAUUAUGAAACCCGAUAUCACAUUCUUUGGUGAGCAAUUACCAGCUGAAUUUGACAACCUGCUAGCUGUGGAUACGGAACAAGUAGAUCUUUUGAUUGUGAUGGGUUCUUCACUCAAGGUGUCGCCUGUGUCAGAAAUCAUGUCUCAGAUACCUCACAGUGUGCCUCAAAUUCUCAUCAACCGUACACCAAUUACUCACAUGACAUUUGAUAUCCAGUUACUCGGUGAUAGCGAUGUCAUUGUUCCUGAAUUGUGCCGUAUGCUCAAAUGGGAUCUGAGACACCCAAAGUUACCUGGUGGUAGUGCACUGAGUGAUGAGAGUAUUCGCUUGAGUCGUGAGGGAAAUGGCAAUAAAGUAGAGAUUGCAGGCGAAAAUCAGGCCAAGCAUACCGAAAACAAGAUUUGGACGUACGUUAGAGAUGGACUUUAUACCUUUCCUGGUGCUGUACUUGACCCAAAAUAUAUCAAAAACGAAAGAUAUGAUGAAAGAGGUAGUCUAGGCAGCGGAAGCGAUGAUAGUGAUGAUGAGAAUGAGCAAAGGACAUCAGAUGUUAUCACUACUGCGGCUGAUGAGAGCCAGGAAAACGCAGAGAAAACCGAGCAAGAGAUAAGCGACUCAAAACAGGAAGAAGAAGAACUGAAUGCUAUCAAUAGCAAUUAG